CUACAGUUGUUCAGGUUGGGUUUGACUCUAGUGAAUAUAUUCUUGAGGAGGGAAAUAUGACAGGGGUCAGAGUACAGGUCAAUGGAGAAAGCAUCAGAGAUUUCUCACUCUUCUUUAUCCAAGAGGGUGCGCCUCAGCAGAUGCUGACAGUCAUGGCUGGAGAGCAAGGCGUACUGUUUCCCAUGAUCAGUAAUCCUGACGAUGAGAUAGCUUUGCAAGACGACCGCACAUUCCGACUCGGUCUACUUCCUCUGGAAGAGUUUCAGGACAGAAUCAAUGUCGGUGGACAGAGCCAAACAGACCCGCAGACAUUUGCCGAAGCAAACAUGACAAUUGUUGAUAAUGAUGGUGUGACUGUGAGUUCAGUCAGUCGGUAUACACCACUCAGGAAAAUAUUCCCCUGAUGAUCACCCUCUCCUUAGACCACGGAAUUGCCACUGAUUUCUACGUGGAUGUGACAGCAGAUUUGACUCAUGGAGCACCAUUUGCAUUCCUGUCACCAUCCACUCCCGUGAAUCGAUGUCCUUCCUUUAAGUCUAAUGUCCACAGGCCAGCAACAGUCCCAAAGCAGAAGUUUCCCUCACUCC